CCCACUUCAAACUCACCGGAGAGGCAAGCGGAGAGAAUCACAAACCCGCAGAGGACGUCGGCUCCGGGGGAAAUGGAGAUACUGUACACCAAAGAAAUGAAGAGACCGAGCUCACUAUCUUGUAAUGUGAAGGUGUUUGUCCUGUGUCAAGGGCUCCUGCAGCUCACUCAGCUGCUUUACAGUUCCUACUUCAAGAGCACCAUCACCACCAUUGAGAGACGCUUUGGCCUCAACAGCUUCUCCUCAGGAAGCAUUUCCUCUCUCCAUGAGGUUGGAAACACUGUGCUCAUAGUGUUUGUGAGUUAUCUUGGAAGCCGGGUUCAUCGUCCCCGUUUCAUUGGAGUUGGUGGGCUGCUGAUGUCCGUUAGUGCCAUGAUCCUGGCCCUACCUCACUUUUUAUCCCAACCUUAUGAGUAUGAUUCAGUUUUACACGAUCGCCAAGACAUUUGCAACCUGCAAGUGAACUCAAGCACCCCAGAGUCCUGUGGCCGUGAGGAGACCAGACGUCUGUCUGAUACAAACAACCUGUGGUUUGUCAUGGCCAGUGCUCAGCUGCUCUUUGGCGUGGGCUCAGUGCCCAUCCAACCCUUUGGCAUUUCCUACGUGGAUGAUUUUGCUGGGUCUGGCAACUCCCCCCUUUACAUAGCCAUUCUCUUUGCCAUCUCAGUGUUUGGGCCUGCCUUUGGCUACCUACUGGGAUCAAUCAUGUUAAGAAUCUACGUGGAUGUGGACAGAACUGGCUCAGUGGUGAACCAGGAGCUGAGUCCCAGUGAUCCCCGCUGGGUGGGGGCGUGGUGGAUGGGCCUCCUCAUUUCUUCUGGCAGCCUGGCGCUUACCUCCAUCCCUUACUUCUUCUUCCCGCAGAGAAUGCCUAUGAAUGGAGAUGUGAGGGGAACUGAAAGUGACAUGAAAGAAGAGUCAAAGAAGCCAGAUCUGUCUUUUCUGGAGUUUUUGAAAAUGUUCCCAAAACUCUUUGUCCAACUCCUGCUGAGUCCUCUCUUCUUGUUGUUGGUCCUGGCACAGUGCUGUUUUUCCUCUGUGAUGGCGGGACUCGCUACCUUCCUGAAUAAGUUUCUUGAGCGCCAAUACAGCGCCUCAGCUGCCUACAGCAGCCUGCUCAUAGGUGCUGUGAAUUUGCCAUCAGUCGCGGUGGGGAUGCUACUAGGUGGGGUGAUCAUGAAAAGGACAGGUCUCUCUCUGAAAGCCAUUCCACGUUUCUCCAUUGUCAUGCUGACCAUCUCCACCCUACUCUGUAUACCACUUUUCUUCAUGGGUUGUCCCACUCAGAAAGUUUCAGAGGUCAAUCAUCAACAAACUGGACAGCGUGGGUCUCUUUCCAUGUGUUACUCCAACUGCUCCUGUCCCGCUAGUGCCUUCAACCCAGUGUGUGGUUCAGACGGCAUAGAAUACAUUUCUCCUUGUCAUGCCGGCUGCACCAACUUUACAAGGGACCCCAACAACACCUACAGGGUUCAGUCAUAUACCAGCUGCAGGUGUAUAUCUGGCAACCAAGGUCAUGCUCGUCCAGGCCCCUGUCCAAACAGUUGCCCUCAAUUUCUUCUCCCUGUUAUGUUCCUCAUAUCACUGGCAGGGCUGAUUGCCAGCCUCACACAUAACCCCAUAUACAUGAUGGUUCUCAGAACUGUUCCCCAUGAGGAAAAGUCAUUUGCAAUUGGGAUCCAGUUUCUGCUUAUGAGAGUGCUUGCCUGGCUACCAGCCCCUGCUCUCUUUGGGAUGGCCAUUGAUACAUCAUGCAUCUGGUGGAGGCAUGUGUGUGGGAAGAAGCUGAGCUGUGGUUACUAUGACAACAACAUAUUGAGGAACCGGUACCUGGGCUUACAGGUAGCUUUUAAAGUCAUGGGGAUUUGUCUCCUGAUGAUACUGGGCUGGAAGGUGAAGAGGACCAGGGAGUACAGUCUAGAGAAGAGGCCCGAGGGACCGCUGUGACCACACCUGUUAAAGAGCAAAAUCUCAAGAAAUGUCCUUGUGAUCUGAGCUCCACUGUUUCUCCACGGUCUGUGUAGGUGUUUGAAUAGGUGUGUGUCCACCUGUUGAGAAACUACAAUAUGUGCUGAGUAAGAAUGCCUCCGAGGAGAAUCCAGGAUCGAUAGCAUGCCUACUUUGACCUCCAUUUUGUACCCCACUUUGAGCUUCUCUGGUGGGAGAAAGAGUUUGGAUAUUUUUCGCAUGAAUUUGAUGAGAUCUUUAACAGAGAUUUGAUGUGAACUACAUUGAUUAGAUGGCCCUACAAGGGAUGAUGACAACAGCAUUGGUAUUGUCCAACACACAUCUCGAUUGGAACCUCAUAACAUUCUGCCUGUUUUUGCUGGGGAUGACGGAAAGACACCGAAAAGAGUGUGAUUAAUGAUAAUGUGAAGGAUAAACAUCUUUGGUCAUCCAUUGCUUGCUCCUAAAGGCAGGAAUCUAUCCAUUCAGGUUUCUAGUUGCAAAUGGCAACAUAGUUAACACUAGCUUAAUAUUUAAGUUUUAUUAUAUAGAUGUUUGUCUCAAACACAGAGGCAUAGGUGACAUUUUUAUUACUUGUUUGAUAUAUUUUUCUCACAUAUAAAGCGACACUAUAGCUUUGCAAUGAAUUUUUCAUUUACAAAUAAAAUGUACUCAAUAUAAAUGAAAAGAAUGUGCGUUCUGCUGGUAUGGUUCAUUCGGUUAUCUGGCUAGCUUUAUGGGCACAGCCUAACUGACGAAUAAAGAAAGUAAAUAAAAUCUGAAGA